UCCAAUUUUAACAAAACAGCUUUCCUACUUGUUCCUCUAGUUUCAACUCCACUUUUGAGAGCAGCAAACCAGGCAAAAAAAGUUGAAUGAAGCUGAAUCCAAUAUCAACAAUAUGGAUAUAAUAAGAACUCAUGGACAAAAAAGUAAAAACAUAAGUCAUCAGCAAAUUCCUAAAGGAAGUACAUUAAGCAUUAUAAGUGAGAACUUACAGUCUUCAUCGUUGGAUCAUCAGUCUGCUGAGUCAAAAAAACCGCCAAUAUGUGUUAAAAACUACAUGGGACUUGCGAUUUUUUCUCUAGUCUGUUUUUUUCCAAUUGGUACUCUGGCUUUGUAUAACUCUCGCCAGGUUGCUUUCAAUCUUGCUAGAAAAGAACCUUUUAAAGCCGAGAAGCACUCGUUAGCAGCCAGAAACUUAGCGUUUUGCUCAAUUUACUUUGGGUUUAUUGCGUUGUUUAUUUUUGUUGUAAAUUUGUGCAUAUUUGUUCUUCAUUUUCGUUUAGCAAUAAUUUAAAUAAAGAAAAAGAUUAACGAAAUUACUCAUUUCCCGAUUAUCUCGAUGAAAAGUAUUAAAAAAUUUUUAAUAAUCUUAUUUGAAGUUUUAAUAAUCUUACUACUUAAACAUAUAAAUCACUUAACUUAAAUUCUUUCUCCU